AUGGAAUCUUUUUUUGAAUUUUUCUCUGGUGGUUAUGUUGAUUUAACAUCAGUUAUUGCUAGUGAUUUAGUUGGUGUAAACAGAAUGUCCAAAGCUCUCCGUGUAGUUUAUUUAUUUCAAGGUGUUGCCAUUGCUAUUAAUACACCCAUUGUUGCAAUAAUGCGUGACAGACUUAAGGAUUUUUCUCAACCAUAUCGUUGGCCUUAUUUCAUAUUUGGUAGCUCAAUUAUUUUAAGCGGUGUUAUUUUACUUGCUAUUCUAAUAUUAAAAUGA